UAUUCCUCCACUCACUCACUCUGUCCGCUAUAAACAACAUUCAGUACCAGAUAACAACCGCUAAUACUAGGAAUAAUCAGCUCUAUGUCAAGUAGUAAACAAUAAAGACGAAGGACAGGACCAGCUCGAUACCUCAUCACCAUAUACUUUGAUCAAGCCAUAUCCUCCCCAAUGGCAUUAACACUAAACAAAAGAGGGAUAACUAUCUUGGCGGUGGCUGUUAUCCUCAGUUUCUUUGUCAUCGGUUCUCGCUAUGUCGAGCGCCCAUCGUUCCAUUACAACGAUGAAUCCCAGAGUAAUUACAUCCCAUCUCCGAAUAAAACGCCUCAUAAUGACAGAAUCACCCUCCGGAACCAAGCUGUUGUCAACAAUACCCCGAUCGAACCGACAUGUGGAGCAGCGGAUGAUGAUUGCUUCGUCUACAGACCCGAAGCCAAACUAGCUUUCAUUACUUCGUAUUUUCAAGGUCGGGACGAUGAACGUCAGUCCGAGUUGGAUGUUUGUAUCGCAAGUCUCUUUGCUGUUGAUGUGUUGGAUCAAAUCCAUGUGAUGAUCGAGGCCAAAGAUGCCCCCAUACUGCCCAAAUUCGUCAAGGGCUCCAGCAAGUAUCAUGAGCAUUUGAUCACAGAGCGACCGCUAAUGGGCGAUUUUAUUCAAUAUGCGUGUGAUCAUUUGAUGGACUACAGGGUGUUGUAUGCAAACUCGGAUAUCUCCUAUGACAUGUCAUUGGAAUUCUUCACCAAGAUAUCGGACAAGAUCUUUGAGAAUACGUUCUAUGCGAUUUCGAGAUGGCGGUUGACUGAGAAGGGCAUGACAGCAUUUCCGUAUCCAGAAUGGGGUAGUUAUGACACCUUUGUCUUUAGCCCCAGGACGAUCUGUUCAGACAAGACCAAGUUGAAGGAGAUUGUCUCGAAUUUGAACUAUACGCUCGGUAUCAGUGGAUCUGAAAACAGAUUGCUUUAUGAGAUCAAACGACAGUAUCCGGAUCUGCAGUUGAUCAACCCUGUCUACACAGUCAAGACAGUUCAUCACCAUCGAUCCAGUUAUCGGGCUGACAACUAUGAAGAAAGGGUCCAUACCAAUGGCAGAAGUGUCACCAUUCCUCCACCUUUUAUUAUUUAGAAAACAGCCCUUUUUUUGAAGUCAGU